CCUGACCCGGAUACAGACAGCGCUGCCUCGGCCGCGAGCGUGGAGCCGGCGCGGCGCCGCUGCAGCAGCGGGAGCGGAGCGCUCCGGCCGUGCCAUGGGAUUGUGGUGACUGCCCGGCCCCGCCGCCCGCCCACCCUGCGGCCAUGGCCCCCAUGGGCAUCCGCCUCUCGCCGCUCGGCAUGGCUGUGUUCUGCCUGCUGGGGCUGGGCGUCCUCUACCACCUCUAUUCCGGCUUCCUGGCCGGCCGCUUCGCCUUCUUCAUGCUGAGCGAGCCGGCGGCCGGCGGGCCCGAGACGCCCCACGGCUCCGCGGCCGGCGGCGCCGUGGACCUGCGGGAGCUGCUGGCCGUGUCCGUGCUGGCCGCCGUCAGGGGCGGGGAGGAGGUGAAGCGGGUCCGCCAGGGGAACGUCCUCAACGCCAAGGCGAAGGGGAAGACGCGGGAGGGGGCCGAGGAGCAGCUGACCACCGGCGACCUCCUCUCCAACCGCAGGAUGUUCUACCUGCUGAAGGGCGCCUUCCCCGCCGUGCAGAUAAAUUCUGAGGAGCAUGUUGACACAGCUGAUCAGGAGACAGUCUCCUGGGAUCGCAGUAUUCCUGAAGACAUAAAGCAAAAAAUACAGCCUAAAGAGGUGCCAGCAGAAAGUGUCACUGUCUGGAUCGAUCCAUUAGAUGCUACACAAGAAUACACAGAGGAUCUUCGACAGUACGUCACAACGAUGGUUUGUGUGGCUGUAAAUGGUAAACCAGUAAUAGGAGUGAUACACAAGCCCUUCUCAUCAUAUACAGCCUGGGCAAUGGUGGAUGGUGGGUCGAAUGUAAAAGCUCGUUCCUCCUACAAUGAGAAGACUCCAAGGAUUAUUGUGUCCCGCUCCCAUGCAGGAAAAGUUGAGCAGGUUGCACGGCAGACAUUUGGAAAUAAAACUGUGAUAAUCCCCGCUGGUGGAGCAGGCUAUAAAGUGUUGGCCCUCCUUGAUGUGCCUGAAAAGAAUCAAGAAGAAGCUGAUGUGUAUAUCCAUGUCACCUACAUUAAGAAAUGGGACAUAUGUGCUGGAAAUGCAGUGUUGAGAGCGUUGGGUGGCCAUAUGACUACCCUGACUGGUGAAGAAAUUAGUUACACUGGCUCAGAUGGCAAUGAAGGAGGACUUAUAGCCAGUAUCAACAUGAACCAUAAAGCACUAAUUGAAAGACUUCCAGAUCUGGAAAAAACGUCACACAAAUAAACAUGACUGAUGGAGACGUACAAGUUGUGCUUUUGGAGCCUCCAGAUGCUCUGUCUGAAGAAGCAGCCGUGAAAACCUGCUAGAAAAGAUGCACAGCAAAGCAAAGCAGUUUGGUGUGGGUUUGGGGACUAUAUUUUGCAUUGGGUUUUAUCAGUGGUGGUAUUUAAAAAGAAUAAAAUAAUAAUAAUCAGAAGUAGGAAGGGGACCGAUGGUCUCACACAUCAGUUUCCAUGUUUUAUUUUUUUCAGACUGUUUUCAUGCAGUUCUUAUACUCAAGGUGCGUUUACCAUAUAUAUUGGGGAACAUAGGUAAACUAAAGAAAAAUCCAAGUUUUUUCAUAAAAUAACUUGAGUAUUUCUCACAGGAGUCUCUUGAAAUCUUUUACAUCUUACUGUAGUUUUAGCAAUUCCAUAAUAAAUUAGGUAGGAAAAAAAGCUUGAUUUAUAUAGGGAUCUGAUAACUGUAAACAGUCUAUCAGGAAUCAUGACCUCAUGUUUUGUAUCCCCUGAAUGGAAAGCACAAGAAGGUUGAUUCAAAUCUAUAUGCAGCAACAGAUUAUCUUUGACAGUGUGGCACUCUUUCUGCUUUUUAAGAGAAAAAAAGAAAUGUUCUGUAUUAUUUUGACUUCUUUCCUGAAGAUGUAAACCAGUUUUAGUUCAGGUGGGUUGUGAAUAUCGGUGUUUUAUUAAUCAGUGUAAUUAUUUCCUUAUACCUUUUUAAAAGAAGGCAGCAUUUCCUUGUAUAGUUUUUAGCAGUUACUUCUUGUCCUUGAUUUCUGCAAACAGUGUUGAAGAUGCAUGCUAAAUUUUUCUCUAAUGCUUGUUCAUCAUGUGGUGUUUGUGCCUAUAGAAGCAGCCUCUUCCUUCAUUACCUUCAGUUAUUUUGUUUGUUUGGGUUUUCUUUCCAUUGGACAGAGGGAAUGAGUUUAUCAGAAAUAGUAGGUUGACUGGUUAUUUCCAUUUCCAACACAAGAUACAAACUAGCAAUUUUUCUACAACCCCAGGAAUAGCUUUGUCAUUUUAGCUUGCGGCGCACUCUUUUCUGCAGAAAGCUCUUCAGCCAUUCCAAACAGCUUGUGCUUAUUUGGUUUGUGGUAAUUUACAGAGAGAGAGAGACCAUUUGAAUUUGAAUCUGCUUAAGCAAGUUUGAAGAACAUGUGGCACUUGAAGUACAGCAGGGUCUGCAAAACUUUACUGAAAAAUGUUCUUUGCAAUCCAGUACAUAGAGAACAGAACGUGGGUCCUUUGAUAUCAAAUGACAGUUUGUUGUACCUCUGUCUCCAAACAUGUAGCCAUCUGCAUUGUUGUUCUCUGCAUCCCCCCCAAGGGUUUCAGAAGGUUCAAAUAUACCUGUUAUUUGAAUUAUCAGAAAAUAAGCUGCCCAUCUGUCCUCAAGAAUGCUAAAAUUCUUAGUUACUAUAAGAUCUUUUCUGUUUAAAGUUUAUUCAAUGUAGACCUGCGCUGCCUGAUCAAAACCCUUAAUUCUUUAACUUCUUUCAUACUGUUAAUGAGACCUGCUCUUCUGAUUAAAAAGAAGUUUUUCUCCUUAGGUCAGUAGUGGAGAAUGUUUAGAUACUGCUUUCAACUUCUAGCUGAAGUUCACAUUUCCAAAAGACCUCCCAGAUGUUGCGUAACUACAGAUACAGACUUCUAUUUCUUGAACUCACUGGCAAAGGAGACUGAAGCUUAGUCCUGUGAGCCUUUUGGUGCAGGUAGUUUUUGGAGAACUUCUUUUCCAACAUGGACACUAUUGCUGCUCUUUGAAAAUAACUUUGACACAUGUAGAUAAUUCACAAAGCAAUUUAACUUUCAAUUCUUAAAUUUAAUAAAUGCUGUAUGCUAUGACAAAUAAGUGAUCAUGCCCUUUUUAAAAAGGAUCUGAUCUAUUUCAGAAACUUGUUGAGCUUUCAAACUUCAGUGAAAAAUAAAAAUAACAUUUAUCAAGGUUUUAGUAAUAUUUUACAAGAAGACUGCAGCUUUUUGAGACUGAUUUUAAUGUCUUAAAGGCUAGGUUUUUUUAAAGAAAGCUCUUCUUAUAUUUAUUUGUUAGAGAACAUGGAUUAAAAUUUAAAUAUGAAAAAUAACUGUAGUUAGCCUAGUAUAAAAACCUGAUUGUGUCACAGAGAUCAAAUGCACAAUAUUUAAAUGGGCAAUUAAGAUAAAAUGUUGCAGUUUUAGAACCAGCUUGAAAUCUUAGGUAAACAUACUUUAUGAAAAUGGGACUGCUUUUAUUUUGGGGAAUGCUUCUAUCACUUCCUUGCAUAAGCUGUGAUCAGCCUUUCUUUAUGGGAAAUGAAAAAUGGUAUGUUAUGUACAAGGGCUUAUUUGUAUCUUAGUUGAAGGCAUAGAAUAGUGAACAAAAGUAUUUCCAUAAGUUAUUUUUUCUUAAGAAAAUGAGGUACCUUAGGAAAAGCCCUCUUAUCCUUCCUCCCUCAUGCUGGCUAAAAUGCCUAGCCUUCCAUUAGGAAGACUUGUGCUUGUUUAGACACAUUAAUAUCCUAAAUUGCUUUGUUGCAGUGGAUCACAAUGUUCAGUACCUUUCAAAGGGGACCAUUAUUGGCCUAAUCUCACUCCUGAUGAAACUGAGGAGGUGAGAGUGUGCUGCCCAGUUAAUUACUCGUAGAGCCUGAGCUCGUAGAGCUUUCCCACAGUUGAGGGCCAAGGUAGUGCUUGUGAUCUCCUGGUGUAAUUUAAAGAGCAGCUGCUUUGGUGUGAGAACAGGUGAGCAGCUGGUGAGUAUCAGUUUCAGAUGUCAUUUUGCAAUAAAUGUAACUCUUAUGCAGACCAGCAAGUAUUCACAAGUGCUUGCUUAGUGCACACGUCUCAGUGCACUUUGUUUGUACAGUGUUAACACUCAGUAUAUCAUUUCUUUGACUGUGUUUACACUCCAUUCUAAAACGUUCUGCUGUUCUGGCUUAAAUAUUUGUUUGGUUUCAUCAGUGUGGAUGUGACUUAACCUUAUGCCCAGAGAGGUAGGAAAUCAUACCAUACCCACAUCUCACUGCUGGGCUACAACAGCGUUCUUCACAUCUUAGCAUUUUCCGCAUAAAGCUGUCACACACCAUUUUUAGAGAUGCUGCUUAAAACAAUUGCAUGUUGUAGGUGGGUCCUACAAAAGUAUAUGUUUUUUAAAGAUUUUAAUUAAAAAAAAAAAAAGUAUCAUUCUAGCUCCAAAUAAAGGGAUUAAGAGAAUGUAUUAUUUUAGCAUUGGUUUUCCAAUGGUGGAUUUUUUUGAGUGGCUAUUAUGAUUAAGGUAGUUGCAAGUGAAAUUAUUCUAAAACUGUAUGUAUUUUUUCUUUUUCAUUCUGCUAAAAAGAGUGUAUGGUAGCAUAGAUAAUACCUGGUACUGUACCAAGAGUCCUAGCUUUCAUUCCUUGAAUGAAUGUUUUUUAAAUAAAUGGACACAGAAAUAAAUGGGUUGAAUAUUGUAUUUAACUGGUUUUGAGAUUAACUUGCUUGCCAGACUUUUACAGAUGGAUUUAAGAGUUAUUUGUUCUGGUCUACAGAGCAUGUAAUGACAAUGAAAAUACUUAGUAGAUAUGGCUUACUUGGAUAGUGAAUUAACCAUAUAGGUGAAGCUGCAAAAUCAUCUAGUGAUAUUUUUUCAUACAUUUACUUUUACUCCAUGGUUGUUAGAGGGGGCAUGUUUUCUAAUUGGCUUCAGGUGUGAGAAAAGGUUUGAUUUUUUUUUUUUUUUUUAUUUAAUUUUUUUUAAUGGCCAGUGGCUGGAGAUCAGGGGUGGGGAGGGGAGUCAGUACUGGAGUUCAUCUCUGCUUUUUUAUUUAUAAAUAAGUGUAUUCCAAUGUCUUUGUAGCAUCCUGUUGUCUGUUGGAGUUCUACAACAGUGGUGCAGUAUUGUAUAAUUCUAAUUUAAUGUGUAAAACAAGGAGUGCACAUCUCCCAAGAGCUGUGCAGUGAGAAGUGACUAAGUGUUGCUCUGGGCCUCUGCUGUGUUAUGCCAGCAGAGAAUGGCUGCUUCGUUGUCUCAUGGAUGUCAUUCCAGUAGCAGUUUCUUUCAUAGAAAACUGCUUUUCUAGGCUACUGCCUCUCCAGUUAUGCCCAACCUCUUUGUUUUCUGAAGUAAACUAGAGUAGUGGAAAGAAUCAGAUGGCUGUGCUGGAAAAGUUACAACAGAGGACACUUACUUCUGUUUCUUUAUUUUUAAAUUGCAUUGAUUGUUUAAUUUCUCUUGUCUUUCAGGGGUUAGAUAAUGAUACAGAUAAGAUUCAAUGGACCACAAAUAAAUGGCUGUGGGAUUUUAAGCCCAAGCAAGAGGAGGGCAGGAAGGACUGCCUCUAACCAAGGCGAAGCUGAAUGGAUGGUUUUCUGUCAGGCCACUCAUGCUGAGCCUUUCUUCAGUGUUUUAGUGGUUUAGGCCCUUUCACGCAAACAGUUACAGAUUUGAUUUUGCCAAAAUAUCAUUGAUAGUCUUAUCUUCUAAUCUGCUGUCCUCGGUGAAACUGCACUAUAGCCACUUCACUGUAAUGUAACUCACUGCGACAAGAAUAUGGUAGCUCCAAGGAUUGUGAACCGCACCUUCUGUAUGGCAUCUCUUGCAGUGAUGUCCUAGUACCUGCUGUGAGUGUCUUCCCACCCCACAAGGAGGUCAUGCACCCACGUUUCAUACUGAGAAUCUGUUUUAGCCUUAUACGCCGUGGUUUUCAGAUGCCACCUCAGCUCUUUCAGCUCUUCUGUGAGAAGUGCUCAUCCAGUUUCCUUCUGAGGCUCCCUCUGGAGCCAGUAAUUAAUGGCCACUUUUCCCUCUUUGCUCUUCCUCUCUGUUCCCUUCUGAUCCUUGAUCCUUUCUUAGUCGAUGUGGACAAGAAAAAUGAGAGAUCAGAGGUGAAAACAGUCCCAGAAUGAGAGAGCCCCAGCAGUCAACUAUCCAAUUUAUCCUGAAACUGUUAAUGUUUAGGACUAAGGUCUAAGGUACUGACUGUUUCUACCACAAGUGCAAUAGUUGCCAACAAAAUAGUUGGAAUGUGGAGAAGUUAAUGCAAUUAGGGGUACUGAACAUACAGAAAAGAUGCAGGUGGACUAAGGAGAAAUUAAACACCCAAAAAGAAGGAGAAAACGGUUUUUCAGUAUAAUGUUGCAAGCAUUUGGCAUUUGUGGCCCCUCUGGGUGCAGAGCUUCAUUGCUUAUGAAAGAGGCUGCAUUGGCCCUCUGUGAAAGGCCUGAUUUUGUUGAACUCAAUAGCAGUAUUCCCACUGAACUCAAUGUGAGCAGAACCAAGCCAGAUAAAACAGGAACAGUAAAUUAAGCUAAAUUCUGAAAAGCUCAACUUCUUUCAGGAGAGCAAACAACCUGGGUUGUGUUAAAAGUUGCCUCUGACAGCUUCAGUCUACAUUUGGAAAUGUCAUCCCACUGUCUCAAGGUUCUAAGUCUUUCAGGUUUUUGUUAUAGUCUACAGGUAACAUUGUUUUCUACCCCAGUUGUUCCUUAUUUGUGAUUCACAUUUCAUUUUUUCUCUCCAAAGGAUCAGCAACACUCCAGCAUUUUUCCUGUUGUCCCACCAAAUUGUAUUAGCAUUUUCCAAUUGUGUGCCAAAUUGAAAUAACAAUUCUAUAAAUAAAUUCUCCAAAAAUACUGA